AUGUUCGGGCUGUUCGGCUUCUGGAAGACCUUCCACAGCGUCGCCUUCUACCUGAGCCUGGCCGUCGGACUCUGCGGGCUGCUGGGCAACGGGCUGGUGCUCUGGAACCUGGGCCUGCACAUCAAGAAGGGGCCCUUGUCCGUCUACCUGCUGCACCUGGCCGCCGCGGACUUCCUGUUCCUGGGCUGCCAGGUGGGCUUCUCCGUGGCGCAGGCCGCCCUGGGCGCCGAGGACCUGCUCUACUUCGUGAUCACCUUCCUGGGCUUCGCGGCGGGGCUGUGUCUGCUGGCGGCCUUCAGCGCCGAGCGCUGCGUCUCCGACAUCUUCCCCGGCUGCUACCAGCGCUGCCGGCCCAGGCACGCCUCGGCCGUGCUCUGCUCCCUGGCCUGGGCCCUGACCCUGCCGGCCGUGCUGGUGCCCGCCCACGCCUGCGGCCUGCUGUGGGGGCCCGCGCGCCCGCUGGCCUGCCUGCGCUACCACGCGGCCAGCGUCACCUGGCUCCUGGCGCUGGUCUGCGUGGCCUGCGUGGCCGGCCUGGUCCUCUUCAUCUGGGUGGCCUGCUGCUCCCAGCGCCAGCGGCCCCGGUUCUACGGCGUCACGCUGGGCGCGGUGCUGCUGUUCUCCUUCUGCGGCCUGCCCUUCGUGCUCUACUGGAGCCUGCGGCCCCUCCUGGACUUCCUGCUGCCCAUCUUCCCCCCGCUGGCCGCCUUCCUGGCCUGCAUCAACUGCAGCUCCAAGCCAGUCAUCUACUUCGCGAUGGGCCGGCAGCCGGGGAAGCGGGAGCCGCUGCGGGCCGUCCUGCAGAGGGCCCUGGGGGAGGCGGCCGAGCCGGCUGGGGCGGGGCCGUCGCUGCCCCUGGGCUCCGUGUAG